AUGCCUCCAGCUGUGAUCAUCAUCUUGCUUCUCUGCAAAAUGUAUUCUGCUCAAGCAGUGAAAAAUUCAGAGUUGUUGGUCAUCUCUGUUGAGCCUGGUAAAGCGGUCACUCUGAACUGCACAUUGGAAGGCAAAUCAGGGGAAGAUGUUAAGAUGUGGUACAAACAAAGACUGGAGCAUGUGCCACUGGAAGUGGGAUCACAGUUAGAAGGAAAGUCGGCUAUGAUUUCAAAAGAAUUUGAAACUUCAAAAAGAUUUAAAAUCAACAGAAUAGCAAGUGGCAUUUCUCUCAGUAUUGAAGGUGUCACUAAAGAAGAUGAAGGAAUGUACUUCUGUGGAUCAGCUGGAUCAAACACACUGAACUUCUCUACUGCUACAUUCUUAGCAGUCACAGGGCAGUCAGACAUAUCAGUGCUCCAAACUCCAGUACAGGGGUCAUUUUCUCCAGGAGAGCCGGUCACUCUGCAGUGCACGGUCCUCUCUGAGAUCAGAGCAGCAGAUCUCCGAGUGCUCUGGUUCAGAGCUGCAGCAGGACAAUCCUUUCCUGAAAUCAUUUACACUCAUCAGAACAGCAGCAGCCGUCAGUGUGAGAUCAGCUCUUCUACACAUAGCUCUGUGUACAACUUCUCCAAGAACAUCCUCGACCACCACCACACUGGAACUUACUACUGUGCUGUGGCUGCUUGUGGGAAGAUCAUCUUUGGCAAUGGAACAUCAGUAGAAAUGGAAGAUCCUGUAGAUCCUGUAAUGCUGACUCUGGCAGUUUUCUCAGCAGUGUGUGUGGCUGUAAUCUGCACUCAAACCAUUUUCAUCCAUAAACUGAGAAAAUCUGAACACGGCGCUGGUGAGAGAGUUCAGCAGGGGGCUGUGAGUGAGUGGACCACCAGACAGGAACAGAACACUGAGAACCUGCAUUACGCUGCCAUCCACAUCAAAGAGAAGAAAGCCAAAGGUGGGAGAGUGAAGAGAGAACAGCCUGAAGACGUUGUUUACUCUCACGUGAGAAGCUCCAAUGCUGCUGCUCAGCGCUCACAUCGCUAGUUUCCUAAGAUGAUCAUGAGUGAACGUUUGGACC